AUGUGUAAUUUUAGCCUUCUCGAAUUUCAAUAUCCAGACCAACUCAUGAAAGACAUCGAUAUGUUGUCUUAUCCACCAUAUCGUUCUGCUAUUGAUGUGAAUCACGGCGACUGUGAAUGUAGGACGGCCUUAUAUCGAGCUUUUCAAUGCGUGUUCUCUGAUGGUGAAACGCGAUGUCCUUUCCAGCUUGAUGUGUAUUGCAGUCGUGGCAGAACACCGUUGAUGGUCGCUGCCUUCAACCAAUCCCUUCCUAUUCUUAAGUACGUGAUUAUGGUUACUUAUAAAUUAUCGCGUUACGAUAAGGUUGCUCCACAGCUACUUGUGUACAACCUCGUCAUUGGGGAAGUAAAGCAAAGAUUUUAA